AUGUAUUCUCAGCAGCGCCCGUUAUCUUAUGCGCCCACCCCGUACAGCUAUACACCAAACCCAGCUCGGUCGGCUACAAUCAAUCUCGAUGAAGAGGUGAAAUUAGUUUCAAGCUCAGGCGAGAGAGAUUUAUACGAGUCUCUCGCGGAGAUUUACAGCAUAAUCGUUACCCUCGAUGGACUGGAGAAGGCCUACAUUAAGGACGUCGUCACCGAAUCAGAAUACACCGAGACAUGCGCCCGGUUAUUGAAACAGUACAAGUCUAGUUUGGGCGAUGAGACUGUGGCGCAUGAAUUUGUUGAUUUGGAAACAUUCAAGCGGACGUGGGGUUUAGAAUGUCCUCGCGCUACCGAACGACUCCGAAUCGGUCUUCCCGCAACUGUCGAACAGGCCUCGCACAAUACCUCUACAUCCAAUAACACAGCUGCAGGGUCAGGAGGCGUAGGUGGUGCAUCAGGCAGUCUUAUCCUGGCAGCGACGGAGAACUUCAUCACAUUCUUGGAUGCCUUGAAGCUGAAUAUGGUCUCGAAAGACGCGCUUCAUCCCCUUCUCUCAGAAGUGAUUCAAUCGGUCAAUAAAGUGACAGAUGGAGAUUUUGAGAACCGGGGAAAGAUUAUUCAGUGGCUGAUUGCGCUCAAUCAGAUGAGAGCGACCGAGGAGCUGAGUGAAGAUCAGGCGCGAGAGUUAGCUUUUGAUAUCGAGCAAGCAUAUCAGGGUUUCAAGGCGACACUGAACUAG